AUGACCGUGAACAUUGGAUUCCCAGUUUCGCAAUUGGUCUGUAUUUUAUGGGUGGAUUCAGUUAACGCAGCAGUUGAUCAUUUGAUCAUCACGAGCACUGUCAUCAUGGCCAUUAUCAAAGGGUUGAACGUUUUGGCGAAGAAGAAAACAUUCGUGGAGCUGCUUCGUUUGAUGAAAGAAUUGGAUGCAACGGUUACAACUGAGGAAUACGAGUGUGUCUUCAAGCGAAAAUUUUUAGUGUCUGAUGGAUUGCUCCUGUUAUUUUGUGCCAAUUACAUUGGAUCUUGGAGCUGUGUCGCAAUCCAAGUGAUAAUGUCUCACCCAGCGAACCGACUUUGGUCAUCCACUUAUCUCUAUCCGAGCGAAUUUCUUCACCAAUGUGGCAUUUACUUGGGUGGAAUCAUUUUUCAGGCAAUUUCGAAUUUACUUUUAGUUUUCGUGGACAUUGUUGUUGAUACCUACGGUGCGUCGUUGCUCCACAUUCUUGGCGGGCAUAUCGAAAUUUUGAGUCAACAUCUUCAGGCAUUAGGCAAGGGCUGUAACAAUAUCGAAGAGUUUCGUCAACAAGAACCGAUUUUGAUUGAGCUUUGCAAGAAGUAUCUGCUGAUCAUUAGGUAUUCCAAGUCACUUGAAAAAAUUCUAUCGUUCGCUUUAUUCUCACAAUUCGGCGUGAGCGGUUUGGUUUUGUGUACUUGUGCCUAUCAACUGUCUGUGGUCAGUCCAAUGGAGGACACAUACAAAUUUCUGUUUUCGGCCGUGUAUUCCUUUGCCAUGAUUACGGAAAUUUUCAUUCCGUCAUACUUUGGUUCGGCUGUUUACAUCAAAAGCCAAAAGCUUUGCUACGACACAUUUACAUCGAAUUGGUUGCCUGCGUCUGUUAAAUACAAGCGUUCUAUGCAAAUUUUAGUCGAACGAACUUUACAACCGAUUUCAAUUUAUGCAGCAAGUGUUUUCCUGCUCAAUUUGACUACCUUACUCAAGAUUUUGAAGACGGCCUAUUCCAUUUUUGCCAUGCUUAAAAACACCCAGACCUAAUUCAUUCAAUAGGAAUUCAUUUCUUCGUUCGAAAAAGC